AUGGGUAUUCCCUUGGUUCGCCUCCCCAUUGACCCUCUGAACAUCCUGUGGUCCGUCUUCGAGAACCCAACAUGGCGACUUCUUGACCUUUUCCCAGUCAACUGGGGAUCAUUUGCUCUGUACUCACGAAGGGGUUGGAACUUCAAAGAUAAAUCGGCGUCUCAUGUACGCUAUGGCCCAAUCUGGGCAAUCGUCACUCCACGUAAUAUCUGGAUCUCCAUUGCAGACCCGGACGCUAUCAGCGAGAUUUACAAGCGAAGGACGGACUUCAUACGUCCUAGCGAACUAUACACAUUACUUGAUAUUUAUGGCCCCUGUAUUUCGACCGCGAGUUGGACCGAUUGGCCACGACAUCGAAAAGUUCUCGCUGCCCCUUUUAACGAGUCAGCCAUGACCUUUGUCUGGACCGAGUCAGUCAAGCAGGCAACACAGAUGUUGGGCACUUGGCAGGCCAAAGAUGGGAGCAUUAUGGAUUACUCUAAAGACACGAGGAUGCUGUCUCUUAAUGUUCUGGCUGCCACCGGCUUUAAGAGAUCUUACAAUUUUGCCAGUUCUGACGCUGUCGACAGUCAGACUGGGACGGCUUCAUACAGAGAUGCAUUGCAGAUUGUCCUCGAUAAUAUUCUCACUGUCAUGCUUGUGCCACCUCGUUUACUCUCGCUCCCCUUCGCUCCCAGGCCUUGGCAGAGAGUUGGCAUUGCAGCAAACGACUUCAAAAGGUAUAUGAUAGAUAUGUUACAGGAGGAGACUCGAUCAUUCGAGCAGGGGAAUAUUGAAAAAGGUGGCUUGAUGACUGGAUUUUUGCGUGCUUCUCGGGGGACUAGCAAUGAUUCUCAGUCCUCUGAGCCCAGUACAAUUAUUAGCAAACGCCUCAAUCAGACUUUGUCCACGGAGGAAAUCUAUGGCAAUAUCUUCGUGAUCAAUUUUGCAGGUCAUGAUACGACAGCCAACACCCUAGCCUUUAGCAUGCUACUCCUGUCUGCACACCCCCAGGUCCAAGCAUGGCUUUCGGAAGAACUUAUGAAUAUCACCAAACACCAUGGAGAUAUCGAGUCAUGGACAUACUCUGAAGUCUUCUCCAAGUUGAAGCGCUGUAGAGCGGUGAUGCUGGAGACACUCCGGUUAUUCCCACCUAUCAUGGCGAUUCCGAAAAGGACAAACUCGAACCCUCAGUCUAUCCUUGUUGGUGACAGGAUGAUAACCAUCCCACCAAACACCUUCGUUACGCCUGGACCGUUAGCAAUCCAAACACUGCCGGACCACUGGGAAGAGCCUUUAGAGUGGCGGCCUCAACGAUGGAUCACCAGGCCAUCAGUUUCCCAUGUCAAGCCGUCCACAUUGCCAGAACAGUCAUGCGACGACGAAGAAAUACUCACACCACGCCAAGGCACAUAUCUUCCCUGGUCGGACGGUCCUCAAAACUGUCCGGGCUUGAAAUUCUCACAGGUCGAGUUCGUGGCUGUUCUCGCGACGCUGCUGCAGAAGCACAGGCUUUCGGUUGUACUUGAACCGGGGGAAACAUUAGACCAAGGUCAUACGCGUGCAAUGGCCACCUCACAAGACUGCGAUAUGUUGUUGCUUUUGAGAUUGAGGAAUCCUGGAAAUGUAAAGUUGCGCUGUACAGUUGGUCCGAGGGACUGA